AUGAUUAAAAAGGCUUUAAAAUAUCACUAAAUGAGAUUUCAUUCUAAUAUAGCUAAAUUUGAGUUAAUAAAGUUUAAAUUUGGCAUCCUAAAUUACAGAGGCAGUAAUAUAACAGUUGUUAGCAUGAAAAAAUAUCAAUCAAAGAAUGUUCAUUUUAAUCAUAUAUACAUCUUGAUGAUAAUUUUGGUUAUAACGGAAUUGGGUUGUAUCCAUCUAGGAACAAGAAAAAUAGCAUAUUUAGAUAUUCGAAUUUGA